AUGACCGCACCUCGAGCGAUGCCUCGAAUAACGACCAACAGUCUCCCUCUCCCAACCCGAUUGAUCCAGCCAUCGCGGAUACGAUCCUACAUUCUACGUCUCCCUCUCUUUACCCGCCUGAUCCUCCUCGCCAUAGUAGCGUUCUGGCUGCUCGAACUGCAGACCGUGUGGAGUGUGAUCAAAUGGGGCUCAUUGGAACCCAGGGAAAUCAACCUCGGUAGCCUGUACAGGCUGAACACCUUUGUCUUGAUACACACGGGGUUCUGGCACAUGUUGAUCAAUACCAUUUGCCUGAUGCCCUUGCUAGAGAGGUUCGAGGCUGAGUUUGGCACGUUGAACAGCAUUGCCUUAUUUAUGGGCCCACUGGGACAAAUACCUGCAGUAUUAUAUCUAUUGUUGGACGGUGUCAUCCUCAGAGACAAUACGCCAGUCCUUGGGGCGAGCAUAUGGGUAUUCCUCCUUCUUGCUGCCGAAGCAAUCAAAACCUAUCGGACAAAUCCAUAUCUGGAGAUCGCAGACCAAAAGAUCCCGACUUGGAUAUCGCCACUGGUGAUAUUGGUUGUUACCUCCAUACUGAUCCCCAGUGCUUCCUUUCUUGGGCACCUCAGUGGGUGUAUAACCGGAUAUCUAUGGGGUCUGGGCUAUAUUCGUUUCCUCGCACCUCCGGAGAAAGUCCUUCGCUGGAUCGAAGGCAAACUCAAUCUGCUUGGACGAUUACCACACUAUGUGUCUGUGGAUCAAAAGACCUAUGGACGCUAUGGCGUUCUUCCCACGAGUUCAGCUAGUGGAACGGAAGUUCAUAUGAGUCCGAUAGGACUCGGUUGGAUGGGCACUAAUAGUGAUGGACAAAGGCUUGGGCCAUGA